AUGCGUCACUUGAAUCCGAAAAUUCAGGAACAAAUAUCUUCACAAUCCACUCGACUUUACAACAUAGACUUGCCUCGAUUUUCUCGAACUUCUGUUGCCUUCCUUCUUCAAUUUAUUUAUGGAGGAUUAACCUGCCUUCCUGCAACUAUAGGGACUGACAACGAUGCAGAGCUUUUAGAUCCAUGGGAAUUGGUUGAAUUGGGGGCCUUUACUAAAGUGGAAAGUUUUGUUAAAGUUGUUGCUUUACAUCUACGAGCUGUGCACUGCCACUUCUUUCACCGUCCAUGUGCUUCUUGCGUGUCAGCCGUUUUUGAAGCAUUACCCAAAAUUGAGCGUGAAAUUCCCGUAAAGUUAAAAAUAUUUUUAUCAAUCUAUGAUUAUGUUAUAGGAAUUAAAACAGCUUUUUAA